AUGUUUAAAUCGCCACCAAAAACUUCGAAUAAACGGAACACGCCCUCACGUUCCGAUUCUGAUAUACGCAAAUUGUGUUCUGAAGAAGGCUUAGCGCCUGACGAAUUUAUAGCACACAAUGUAACGCAACGAACAAAACGCCGAUAUCCAUCAGGCGCUGGAGCUCCUGAGUUUCUAGAGGAGUUAACCACAAUUAAGAGCGAUAUAACAAACGAUAUCAAAAGCAUGAUCAAAGAGUUGUUGUCUGCACAAACUUCAAGGAUGGAUAAAUUUGAAAAUUAUUUAUUAGAUAUUAAAAACCAAAACUCAAAAAUAGAAAAUACCAACACCGACUUAGAAAAGUCCAUGAACUUUAUAUCUGAACAAAUAACUUCGCUGGAGACUAAAAUUACUUACCUGGAACAGGAGCGUACCACCGUGGCUUACAAACUAUCUUCGCUGGAAGAGAAAAUGGAGACUCUUGAUCGCAGUUGCAUAAAGACUUGUGUUGAAAUUCGCAAUUUACCCAAGAGGAUCCAAGAGUCGAAGAAAGAUCUAUAUGAUAUGCUAAUAAAAUUAUCAAAGCUCAUAGAAAUCGAUCUGCAGGUCUCUGAUAUUCGUGAUGUGUCAAGGCAAUAUUCGAAAAAGGAAAACAAAACAUCUAAUCUGACAGUUGAGUUCUCCAAUACUCUUAUAAAAACAUUUCCCAGCCUCUAG